ACAAAAGUGACACAAUUGUCAGAUGACAAAUGGGUGCUGGUGCAGUAAUGCUGGAGACACUGCUAUUAGGCUGAGGGACAGAAAUUACAAUGGAUUCAGCAGAUUUUGUAUUUGACUAUAAUUACAUUGAUUAUGAUAACAUCACCUCCUCUGGUAAUAUCACUUCUGAAGAAGUUUCUUUCCACGUCCACACCACCACAUGUUUCACUGAGGUUCUUUGCCUGUUGUUGCUGGUGAUCAACCUGAUCAUCUGUCUGCUGGGCCUGGGAGGAAAUGGUGUGGUUAUCUGGAUUGCAGGGUUUGGCAUGAAGAGGUCAGUCAAUACUACCUGGUACCUGAGUCUGGCUGUAUCCGACUUCAUAUUCUGCGCCUGUUUGCCUUUUAACAUCGCCUACAGCGUCACAUCGGACUGGAUCUUCGGCCUCUUCAUGUGCAAGUUCACUUCCUUCGUCAUGUUCCUCAACAUGUUCAGCAGCAUCUUCCUCCUCGUCAUCAUCAGCGUGGAUCGCUGCGUCGCCGUCAUGUUUCCUGUUUGGGCACAGAAUCACCGCACUAUUGGAAAAGCAUCUGUAUUGAUCGUACUCGCGUGGAUCGCCUCUGCAGCUUUAAGUAUCCCGUCUAUCGUAUACCGUGAUGUCCAGAAUCACCUAGGUAUAAACCAUUGCAUUAACAACUACACAUCCAGUCAGUACAGCCACAAAUUCAUUGCCGUGAGCCGCUUUGUUUUUGGAUUUGUGAUUCCUUUCAUCCUCAUCAUUGUUUGUUACACCGUCAUCAUCCUCAGACUGAGAGCCACCCAGAUGGCGAAGUCCAACAAACCGUUUAAGAUCAUGACGGCUCUCAUUCUGACCUUCUUCCUGUGCUGGCUGCCGUACCACACGUUUGUGCUAAUUGAACUAAACCAGACCUUCCACAACGAGGUCAUCAUUCUCGGACUGAAAAUUGGCACUGCUUUCGCCGCCGCAAACAGCUUCCUGAAUCCCAUUUUGUAUGUUUUCAUGGGCAAUGACUUCAGAAAGAAGUUCAGGAGCUCCAUCUUAUCAAAGAUUGAGAAUGCCAUUGGAGAAGACGGCCGAACGAUCAGCCGCUACCUGUCUCGCUCCAGCUCAGUGGAUGCCAGGGCGUCCACUCAUAUCUAAAGAAUAAACUGGAAGUUAUUAUUUUACAGUUAUUUUUCAGUAUAGGGCUGUCAAUUUAAUGCAUUCAUUUAGUAUAAAUUAAUUUUAAACUAAACUAACAUAACACACUUAAGUGUGCCUCCUGACUGUAAAUUCCACAAUAAGGAAUUUUCCCUUAAAAAAAGGUUGUAAAUAGAAAAAAAGAUUUAUUGGUUUUACGUUUUACAAGAAAAUACGGUAACACUUUAGAACAGGGAACACUUAUUCACUAUUAACUACGACUUUUCCCUCAAUAAAUUCCUAAUUUGCUGCUUAUUAAUAGUUAGUAAGGUAGUUGUUAAGUUUAGGUAUUGGGUAGGAUUAGGGAUGUAGAAUAAGGUCAUGCAGAAUAAGGCAUUAAUAUGUGCUUAAUUACUACUAAUAAAUGGCAAAUAGUCUAGUAAUAUGCAUGCUAAUAAGCAACUAGUUAAGAUACCCUAAAAUAAAGUGUUACCGAAAAAAUAUUCCAGUCUUUCUACUUCAGAAUUUCUUGUUUACUUCAGUGUGUUACUUGCUUUAUUCUUUGUAAUUAUUUGUCAAAUUUACUAGCAACUUUGGAUGAAAAUUGUUUCAACACCAUUUUUUUUUUUUUUGAAAAGCCAAAAGGCUCCAAACUUGAUUACAAAUGGCCAAAAAGAAAAUGAAAAGUAAAAAGGCAGUAAAAAAGUAAAUGUUGCAUUAUAUCCAUCUUUAUUUUAUGAAAUAUAUACUUAAAAAAAAAAAAAAAUCUAAAUCACUUACAUUUUUAUCCCCCUCAUGUAAUUUGGCAAAUUAAAGGUUAUUACUGUUGCAACUUUGGCAAGUCCUGGUUUGGGCAUCUCUGAUCUGAGCAAAUUAAGCUUGAAAUACCACCACAAUAGAUUUUUGGUGUUUUACUAGAUGUAUUUAUUGCAUUCAAAACUGUUUGAGUGCUGAAAAAUGACACAUUUUUAACAGUUAAAACUACUUUUAAUUUGACUUUUAACACUGUAUUUUAAAAAAUGGUGCACAAGACGUGGUUAGCAAGAUGUAAUGAAAUAACCAAAAAAAAUCUGACCAGAAACAUUUUAUACACAGAUCAAAAAAGGUGAAUUUAAUUAUUUACUUUUCUGCAACAAUUUUUUUUUUUACUUGUCAAAGCUGCAAUUAGUAUAUGCAAUUAAUUUGAAUACAUUUUUGAUUGAUUUACAAUCUUAAUUUUCAGUUAUUUAUAGUAAGUAUAACCAAACCAUUAUGCAAUGCAAAUGGCUUCUUGAUAUAGCAUACUUCAAACUUCAAAAUCACUUGUACUGAUCUUGUAAAGAGCUGAACAUUACUGAACUUUUCUGUGACUAAUAAACAUUUUUGUUCUGACUGCAA